CCUCUUUUUCUAUUACCUUAUCUCCUCCCAGUUUCCUCCACCUACUGAAAUUUCAACGCUGCAGAAAAAAAAAGAAAAAGAAUCCUUCGUAGAAAUUUCGAUCGAUCUUCGUUCAACUACACGUUCUUGGAUUUUCGUUUCUUCCUUUCUCGUUCAUUUUGGAGUCGUCUGGUGUGGGUUUCGGUGCUCUUUAUCUGUAGGAGUUUCGUAGAUCUAACUCCUAUUCAAUACAUAGCAUCAAGAGCUCAUAGUUCACGAAAAUGAGCCGCCCACAGACCCCCCCCAGACAAUUUUUCCCUUUUGGCAACCCAUUCCGCAUGAUAUCUCCAAAAGGUUCGAAUUUGCCUUCUAAACUUGCUGCCAUAUUGAAUGCUUUUGAGAGAAGCCUAGCUGAAAGACUAAGAAAGCUCCAUCCUUCAAGUAAAGAUGACGUUCUUAGCCUUUCAUGGAUGAAAUUAGCAAUGGAGUUGCUUUGUGAAACUCACAGUGAUAUUAAAACUCUUAUCAAGGAGUUAGAUCUCCCAGUGCCGGACUGGAAUGAAAAGUGGAUCGAUGUCUAUUUGGACAUCAGUGUGAAAUUGCUUGACGUCUGUAAUGCUAUUAGCUCAGAGCUUUCCCACUUGAACCAAAGCAACCUCAUGCUUCGAUGUGUCACCCAUAAUUUGGAUUCUGCCGAGUCAAAGCGACUCGCUCGAGCCCGUGCUUCCUUAGGUCAAUGGAAACAGAACAUCAGCUCCUCAAAUUCUAGAGUUAAGAAUUGUUGUGCAAUCUUAGACAGCCUUGGAGAAUCACUUGAUCUUCCAAAAGUAAAGAACUCAGCCAAAGGUAAGGUUCUGAUGCUCGCUUUAUACGGGGUGAAGGUACAGACAGUUUUUAUGUGCAGUGUCUUUGCCUCCGCCUUCCUAGGUUCCCCAAAACUCUUUGAUCUGAAAAUUGCUGAUACAUAUUCAUGGGGACAAACUUUCUCCUCCUUGCAAAAUGAUGUAAAUAAUGAAAUUAGAAGUACAUACUCACAUGGAAAGUUUACCCCCCUGAAGGAGCUUGAAGCUAUCGACCAAUGUGUGGCCAAUCUUCAUAAAAUAAUCCCGGAGAAUCCUGAAGUUGAAGAAGUUAAACCGCUGGAAAACGCUGUAUCGGAGUUGCGAGGAAAGGCCGAGAAACUUUCAGAAGAUCUUCAUUUGCUUACUAAUGAAGUGGACAGCUUUUUCCAGAUCGUUUUGGCAGGACGUGAUGCUCUGCUAUCUAGCCUGAGGGGUUCAUAAACCAUAUGGAGCUGAACUUGAGAACCCUCUGUACAGGGCUAGGUUUGUCUCUCUUGUGUUUCAACUGAAGUAUAUUAACUAACUAACCGUAGUGUAGUAUAGUGUAGUGUAAUAGUGUUGUAGUCUUGGCAGCUGUAUUGCCAAGUAACGUGUGUAAGACCGAACUUUGAAAUGGUAAUAUGUAAUACAUAUGGGGUUUCUAUGUUUGAGCAAA